AUGAGGCUUGGCUCAGUGAGUGGCGGAGGUGUGAGCAGAGGCCAGCAAUUGCCAACGUCCGAAGCUGCCUCCUUCCUCCUGGCCCAGGAGCUCUGCAUCAGACUUCGGAGUAGGCGAGUGACCAGAGUGCCCGUUCCUAACCGGCCGUCGCAGACACAAGCCGUCCUGCAUGGGGAGCGCGAUCGCCAGGUAUCCGUGUCAGAGGCUGCUUCCCAUCUCCUGAUGCAGGAGCUUCAGGUUAAGAGAGUGACCAGGACAUCCAUCCAAAACAAACCCCCUGAUCCAUCGCCCAAACCCCACUUCCACACCCACAAUCUGAAAUCCAGUGGCCGGGCCGUCCGGAAGCUGAAUUAUCGGCGGGUAGCCAACCUCGGGCUGGUCAGUUCACCCGAUGCCAGGAACAAGAGAAGUAGCACCAAGCGCAGGAAGAGUGAGCUGCCAGCCACCAGCGAGGAAAGGGUGGAGUUUCGAUUUAAUCAGAAGAAGCAAGCGAUUGCAAGGUGGUCUCGGGAAGUUGGAGCGGAGCAGAGGAGGCGAACAGGGGCUGUAGGCAAGACCGACGCUGUGGGUCGGCAGAGUAAGCCGCAGUCGGUUGUGUAUCCAGGCAGUAACCAGGCUGAUGCUGGAGUGAUACCUGAGACCUGGUCAUCAACCGUCAGUGAGGUCCCACUGAAGGCGGAGAUCCCUCAGGUCCACGGCCAGACCUGUGUACAUCCAGCUGGCUUGAGUGGUGAAGAUGACUCAAAUCGUAGAACAGCCCCACCCAUUGAUGAGAGCCAGCGAGGUGUGAUGGACUCCUACAAGGGAAGAGCCCCAACCACUGAUGUUCACCGUGAAACACAGUGCAGCUCCCCACUGUGCAGUGCUGAGCACUUGUUCACACCAUUGGCCAAGGAAGUGUGUACAGAAAAUGGGACAAGCAGUGAUACGUCAGAAAGAAAUAUCUGUCCCAAGAUCCCACAAUGUGAAGCUCAAGCAAUGCAUGUUGGGGUAGAGAAGGCCAGGAGGGUAGUUGGAAAAGGCAACAGUAGAGGGGGGAAUCAUAAAAAGGUAGUCAUAUCAUUUCCUUCAGUUGCAGCCUCUGAGAAAUGUCGAGGAAUUGGUUCAGUUCACAAAGUGCCUUUAAAGGGUAUAGCGACCAGUGAUGUGCCUGACUGGGUGUCUUCAGUUCCCAAAGCAACCAACGACUUGCCCACAGGAAACGAUGGAACUGGAGUGCUGACGUGUCAUGGAACUCUGACACAGAAUGGGCUGCCUUCAGGUAAAGCCCCUGUUGAGAUGUCUGUGGAGGGUGAGGCGACCGGUGACCCUCUUGCAGAGUGGAGGUUGCCCAGCAAGCUGUUGGAAGGUGAGACAGCUAGCCAUCAUGUGGGAAAGGAUCAGCCGACUGACCGAUCAGUAGAUGCUGCAGGGGACGAGGCCACAGCAGCACCAUCAGGAAUUGCAGCGACCAUUAGUGCAGUCGAGGAUGCAUUGAUUAAGACGCCUUCAGAAGUUAAAGGGGGUAAAGUAACCUUGGCCACAGCUAGUGAAGAUGUGUGUGUCAGUGAAAUAUCAGCUGAGAAUCAGCGAGUUCCUGACAUGCUUGCAGGAGAAGAGACAACCUUUGGACUUUCAACACAAGAUGAGCUGGUUGUACCCACAAUCACAAUGCUCACUCACUUCACUCCAGAAAAUACUAUCAAACCGGUACCCUCAGAAGUUGCAGCAGCUGGAUUUCUCAUUCCCAAGAGUACCGUGGCAAAGGUCUCUCCAGAGGUAUCUGUGGGUGUGAUUGCAGAGAGUGAAAGUUCGGUGACCAAUGUCCUAUUUGGGAAGAGUCAGCUGACUGAUGUGUCUCCCACUCCCAUAGCCAUAAUAAAGGCUUCUACCCCAGUUGAGCUGACUGCAGGAGUGCUUUAUGGUCUGGCAGCUGACGGGGAACUAGUGGAGCCCGAGUUGGCUGACAUACCUACAGAUGUCACUGGCUUUGCCACGGAGAUUUAUACUGAAAGCGAUCAAGCUGUGGAAGGAAGUGUGUUGGUGGACGAAGCACUUGGAGGUUGCCUGCAGCCCGGGGGUGUGCACGAAGCAGCUGAAGCCACGUUUAGAUUUGAAGGAGUCGGGUAUGAGGCAUUUGCAGACGACGAGUUAGUAGAUAUACCUACAGAUGUAAUCAGUGAUGUGACAGAAAAGGAAGCAGACUACAAGGUUCAGCCCCUAGGCAUGACAACAGCCAGCGGGGAGAUGCUGGGGAACAGAUAUUUUCCACUAUUCCCAGAUUCAAUAGCCAACAACAUCUUGGGAUCAACUAAAGCUACAAGCUCCAGGGAUGUGUCUUCAGUGAAUGAAUUCUCUAAGCUUUCACUGGAGUCUUCAGCACGUCAAGAGGAUGAAAAUGCCUGUGUAGAGGGUGUGGUGAGUUGUAGCCUCACUGAAGAGAAGCCACUGUACGAUAUGGUUGAUGUGGAAAGUGAGCGUAUGGCAACAGAGCAACCAUUCAGAAAGGGGUUUAAGGGUAGAGUGGAGACCCAGAUGUCGAGGGAAAUCUCCAGUGUUCCAACCUCCCAAGGCAAGGAGUGUGAAAGGUCAGCCUCAAAAGAACAAGAUGUCUGUGCCCAUAGUGGCCGUGAUGAAGCUGACGACCAGCGAGCUGCUGAGCUGGAGUUCGUUCCACGGCCCGUUUCAAGCACAGCGCAGACACUGUGGAUGGAACUGGAGGCAGCUAGUGUACCCAACAGGUGUGAUCAGCAGACCAUCGAAGGGAAGACUGAGCUUGGUGAACCCAGAUCAGUGCUGGUGAACGACUCUGCAGCCCUCCCUUCUGCAAUGCGGGAGGUAUUCGGGUGUAGAAACAAGAAGAAGGGAUUUGUCAGGCUAAAGCGGAGGAAGUUAAACAGCCCAGUGCUUUUGUCAAAUUGUACUCCCAGUGUGUCCACUUUGGGGAAGUUCUGUCUGAGCAGGACUCCAGCAGUCAUGCAGAUUUGCAGGGGAGAGGCUAACUGCAUCAGUGCUGAUUUGUACCACAGGGUCCAACAUGUGGAAGAAAUAAAACCAAAGAAUCUGUCUCUCCUACCACUUAAUGACUUAGCACCUCAUAAGCUCGGCAAAAAGCUCCUGCUGGUGGAACACUUGGCGGCAAUUGCCAGUGGCUUGUGUGCGUUCCCCAGCUGUACAGAAAUACAGCAGGAGUUCACCACGUCAUCCAAGCUCACGUCAGUGGGUGUAUAUGGAAGACUUCAAACAAAAAGAAUUAAGGAAUUACAGUUUUGUUUUGGUCAACAGGCAAACUCCCGGGGUGUUCUUUGUCACCUGACCCCGAGGAAAGAUCAGUCCCUCCAUGCUGGUGUUUGUAGGAGCGCUCAGUCCUGGCUUCCCUCCAGACACUGUAAGCAGUCACUGCACUUCAGCUGUCCUGUUCUUUCUAAUCUCGACCUGUUUUUGCUGCUUUCUUUCAUCAGUGACGGCGUAAGAGCUGAUCGGCACUGUGUGUCUGAAAGGACGAAUUUAUCAAUUAUUCCUCAAUACUGGAGCCAGGACUGGCGGACACUUUCCCAGUGUCCACCCCAUUGUGGCCAGAGCCUCUGGCCGCCUGCUUCGCUGGUCAGGGCGGGGAGGUGCUGCUGUGCAUGUUCCCGAUUUGGCCUGCACACCGUUCUAGCACUUUUGUCUCCAGCUUGCUACAGAUUAUGGACAAGGCAGCGCCAUUUUGGAAGGCUGUCAAGUGCCCACCGACCACUUUUGACUUUGUUUGAAGAGGGUGUAAAGAGACUCAUUCCCCUGAUUCCUUUGAACAAACCAGUUUGGCUGCCGUCCUGUAAUGUGGCUGGAUUGUUGUCGUGCAGUCAGCACAUUCCAUCUACCUGCACAUCGACGUCCAACGUCAGUCCUUCAGACAGCUGGAGGCAUGGUCGCCUGGCAAAUCGGCCCAGUUCCCUCCCGCCCUGUUUGCUUACUGGGAACACAGCCAGUUUGACUGAAGCAAAGUCACUGCGACUUCAAUUGGCAAAUAAGAGAAGUCAUCUUCAGCACCUGAGCUUAUCCUGCAUCCUUGAGCCCGUGUUGGCUUUGCCAGAUGCACCUACCUCAUCUGCAGAAUGCACUGUUGCCGAAAGCACCUUCCCCACCGCCUCAUCCCCCAUUCCCAGCAUCACCUACAUGGAAACUCAACUGCACGCAGAGCAAAAAGAGCACCCUGCAUCCACCAACAAAGCUGUCAGCAAGUCGAAGGAAUCUCUGAGGAAGGUCUCUCAAAUUCGAAUUCGGAAAACCAUUCCAAAGCAGGACACAAACCUGACACCCAUGGGGUUGCCCAAACCCAAGCGAUUAAAGAAAAAAGAAUUUAGUUUGGAGGAGAUAUACACUAACCAGAAUUACAAAUCACCAUCUGCACACAGCAAGUACCUGGAGACCAUCUAUGAAGAGCCUGUUCUGAAGAAGGGCUCCUUCGUCUGCACCAGCCUCCAGAAACGCAAGCGCCUGUUGGAGUUCCAAGACUACACGCUUCCUCGGAAGCGGCGUGCUCACGCUGGAGUCAAGGUUGCGAGCCGUACCCGGGGCAGGAAGGCCAGCACCCGGGAAGAGGAGAUAGACUCGCUGCUCGUUCAAAAGCUGACUGAACUGGAAGCCGACCUGGCUGGAGAGGAUGAAGGUCACUGAUGGGUGUGACCUGUUGUUUGUGGCAUUGCAGUGCCCGGGUCUGUUUUCGCUACAUUGGGAUGUUGCACUGUGUGUCAGCUACCUGAUUUUCUGACUGGGGAAAGAACUGUGUGGAGUUUGUAGGCUGCUGCGUGCUUUCCUUUAAAAGAGACAUCAUCAAGUCCUAAACAGCCCCCUGUGCAAAUAGCACUGCCCCACUCUUGCUGGGAGUGAGUGGAGGAAAGAGAUUAUCUUUAUUCAGAAGGCAUCUCUGGAGAAUUACUCAGAAGUAAAUGGACGCGGUGAGGUGAAAUUCACCCUAUGCUUGCAAUCAAAUGAAGCUGCUUCACCUUUCUACCAACAUUUGAUUUGCUGCAAACCAGUUUCUUAUCACUCUUAAGAGAUUCGCUUAAGCAUAAAGCAGAGUGCAUCUUUUAAUGUUUACAGGAUAGUAGAUCGGAAUAUCACUGGUUUAGGCCAAGCUCUGUUGGAGACCUCCUCCUAAGUGGUUUCUAGUUGUGUGGCUUGGUAUGGGAUGGAUGUUGAUAUUUUUAUACCUGAAUAUCUAAACUACUUGAGCCUGAAGUGCUGAAGGUAAAGAUUCCAAAGUAAAUACUGACUCUCUGUGUGUGUGUGUGUGUGUGUGUGUGUGUGUGUGUGUGUGUGUGUGUGUGUGUGUGUGUGU